AUGGCGCAACAGCUUCCAAAUCGAGUGCAGUCGACACUUUCGACGCUGCUGCUGUUGGGUUUGUCGCUCGUCCUCGCGCCCGUCUCCUUGAUCGUUUCGCUCUUGUUCUCCCUCACUCACGCCGGAGCCCACAAGCAUGUCCCCAACCAACAUCGCUCCCGAUCGUCGGGAUCAUUCGCAAACGGUCACUCUGAUGCUCGUCCCACCCAACGUACGGUGUUGGUCAACGGAGCACGCAUGCAAAAGUCGCUCGCCAUCUGCCGCACAUUUGCACGCAACGGCUGGAAAGUCGUUCUCGUCGAAGAGCAAGGUUGGGGGAAUCUCGCUGCCACCCGCUUCUCAAACUCCGUUUCCAAGUUCCAUCUCCUGCCAUCUUCCUCGCUCCCGGCAAGCAAAAACUCGCGUCAUCAGGUGACACCGUACAUCGAAGCGCUGGUUCGAGUGGCGGUGAGCGAAAAGGCCGACCUAUUCUUCCCAUGCUCUGGCGCGGGCAGUACGGGUCAAGAUGCCAUCGCUGCCCAGAUCCUGCUCGAAAAGACGCGCGGAAGGGUACGGAGCAUGAUCCAGCCCCCUCAGCUGGUAGAGGCGCUGCACGAGAAGGAUCGCUUCAUCUCGCUGCUACAGCGUCUCGAGAUGGCAGCUCCACGCAGCGAGAUCGUGUUCUCCGUCGACGAGGCCCUUGCAAAGCUGCGAAGCGAAGGAUACCCGCGUUCUAUUCUCAAAUGUGCUGCCGAACUGGACGAUAUUGGACGGGCGGAUAUGACGCUUUAUCCCUUGCUGGAUGCACAGACGGAUGAGCCGGACUGGGAACGAACUCGCAAACGUCUUUCCAACCUCUCGAUUCCAUUGUGUGCGCGAACACCGUACAUCCUGCAAGAAUUCAUCGGAGAUCGCACAGACAAGUCUCCACAAGCCCGAGGCGACAAAAAGACGGCAAAGUCUUCGGAAUGGUGCACGCACGCCACGGUGGUAGAUGGCAAACUGACAGCCUUUGUCUGCUGCCCCAGCAACGACAUGCUCAUGACCUACUACCCUGCGUCGCACACCAUCGUCGGCGAGCUUGCACUACGUUGGACCUCGACGUUCCUGUAUCGGCUCGAGAAGCUGGGCUUGUCUCCUUCAUCCAAAUCCGCGAUCCCAUUGAGCCCUCUCACGCGAGAUACGCAGUGGAACCGUGACACGUUGGUCGGCAAACACGCUCCCCUCGACGCAGGCAUCACGGGGCAGUUCAGCAUGGAUUUCAUCUACCAACCUGCCACGUCCGAUCAGCCGGAACGACUCGUGGCGAUCGAAUGCAACCCACGCGUCCACACUGCGAUAUGCCUGCUCGUCAACAAUCCGAGGCUGGGCGAAGCGUUGGUGCCUGCGUCAAUGUCCAGGAAGGGCCAUGCAGCCUUAGAUGCUGUCCGAGUGGAGUCGAUGGAUGAGAUCACCUACCUGUCUAGCCUUUCGCUGCCGGUGAUGGAGUCUCCACCAGACGCUCACUUGGCAACCCAGGCCGAGCUGAAAGCGCUCACCUCGCUACCUCCUACAUUCGCUUCCUCUCGCGUUCGAUUCUACCACGCCAAGAAACUGCUCCAACAAGCCUACUUUUCCGACAGCGCAACCCUGCCGCAGAGCUGGAUCGGCCACGACCUGCCUUCCCGCAUCCUGACCUCCUCGCGCUGGCUCUCCAAUCCCUGGGUGCAGACGAUCAUGCGAUCCAUCCAUCCAUUCUGGACCACAUCCACAGCUGCUGACUCGGACGUAAUCACCAUCCCCAACGCGAGCGGAGGGGUCGAAUCCUUCGAUCUGUCAGCUUCGGCUCCCCUGCCACCGUUGACAGAUCCGAGCUUUGCCAAGGACGAUCCUUGGCCGUUCUUCGCGCUGUACCAUUUGCAGUGGCCGCAGCUGUUGCUCUGGCAGCUCGUGGUCAGGGGGAAAAAGUGGAGCAGGAUCAACGUUUCUACCGCACGCAUCUUUGAGUGCUGA